GCACCUACUAUCAUGACCAUGCCCAUUUCAAAUUCAUUGUAGGUCAACGGAGUUUCCGCGUGUCCUCAAACGACCAUGACCGCCUUGACCGGAAAUAAAGUAUAACAAACAACGCAUAUGAAAUAGUGUAACAGGCUACAAAUUCACCACUGACAUUGAAGUUCUUCAAUUUUUACUACUAAGAUCCAGGAGCGCCUUGACCAGUCACUCAAUUUGCUUCGGCCUUAUGCCUGUAUUUUCAGUUCAGGUGGGAAGAAAUGUCUGCUGAUAUCUAUAGCAUUAAACCUCUGACAGAGGAUCCGAAGCGAUAUGAAGACGUAUACUACAAUGUUUUCUACAAGAUCGCCCAAAAGGAUGUUGUUUUAGAAAAGGUGAAUCAAUAUUUUGAUAACAAAGUGAUAAAGAUGCUCACUGAUGUAUUUGGCUGCGAUGAAGAAUUCAGUCUACUAGGGGUUGGAGUCGGCGAGGGUCCUCACGAAUUUCAUUUUCUGAAGAGUCUGCAAUCCUACUAUUCAUCAAUAUGCAAUGUUGCUGUGGAUCCCAAUGAAGGCAUGUUACAAACGUUUAAAGAUAGAAUUUCUUCUUUAAAUUCAAAUGGGAAAGGCUCUGUCUCCUAUCAUGAGUUCAGUGGUCCAUUAUCUGAGUUUGUUGCUGGGUGUCCAUUGGCGAAGAAAAAGUACAAUCUUAUCACAUCCAUACAUUCACUCUACUACACAGGUGACUUUGAAACGACCUUCACCCAGAUGACAUCCAUGAUGAAAGACAAUGGUUUUAUCAUCAUCGUAUGUAAGAACGAUAGCCUCAAUACCAAAACAUUCCACAAGUUACCGUGGCUGUCAGAGAGCACACAAUCAAACGAACGACUGUCGUCAAAGACUGUAAGAGAGUUUGCUGAAAGUCAAGGUUAUAACGUCACCACUGUCGACAUAUCCGUCCAAUGGGACAUCACUGAGCUAUUCAAAGACCAGUCAGAAUUUGGAGACAAACUCCUGGACUUCUGCACCCAGGCAGCAUACUUUCGACAAACAGCGCCCGCUACGAUACUAGAUGACCUGAUUGCUUUUUGGCGUUCAAUUUCGACCCAGGAUGACCAUGGACGUGUUUUCGCCCCUGCCCAUGAUGAAAUACUUCUUGUCUCAAAAUAAGUCACCAACGCUGAUUUCUUUUAUCUUUAAGACUAUAUACGACCAAGAUUAAUUUCUAUUUAACAUCUUUGAAUUUUGGGUGACAUAAAUAUAGUCCACAACUACCCUGGUGAGUGGUGACCGUAGAUGUACCUCUCAAUAGGUGCCCAAGCCUUCCGAGAAAAUUCCGAAGCCCACUGGACAAAGUUACUAAAAUAAUUUAAUUCGGUCUAGAUCUUCAAUUUCAGUCUAUCACAAUCACGCAUAUCGUGCUUGUGUUGCACAUAAUUAUUUGGAAGUCUGUCUUUCAGCAUGUUCAGGCAACAGACAAAAAAAGCUGAUUAUACUUGUCUUGGUAUGAUUACAGCUCCUCUAAUAUAAAAGCCAUAUCACUCAAUAGUCUUAUCUUAUUCUUUAUGGUCAACUUGGAGUAAGUUUGGAGCAGUAUGGUUGAAUCUGUUAAGUUACAGGCAAGCUUCUAUACGUAAAUAUUAUUAUAUGAAAUAUCGUGACCGCCUGAAUGCAAAUUUUACAAGUUUUUGGUGGAACUGUCACCUACAUUAUGAUAUUGAUGUUUUACCUAUGCCGCUGAGUAUUUUCACCAAUUACUGGAAUUGAUGAUAUUUUCCGGUAAUAAUAUUAACAGGGAAGAGAUUAAAUAAUGAUUAUGAUGAAUCUGAUAUAACUUGCAUACUUACGUUUCCUGCGACAUUUUAUUAAAGUGCAACUGUUUGCCAAAGAAUCGCUUUUCGAUAUGGCAAAGAUAAUCAUCUUCAUACUAUUGUUGAUCGUAAUAAUCUUAUCUUACGAAGAAUCGAUUUGAAAAUCGUACUUGGAUUGCUCUAUUCAAGUAGCCAGGAAUUAUAGUUCAUGAAAUACCACACAAGGACAAGAUGAGAGGAACAUUAUUUUGGCAUCGUUUUAGAGAAGAUUAACUCAUUGACCAGAUUGAUAUGACAGUUCGACUAUAGAGUUAGACGGCCUAAAUAAUUUUGUCAGUGUAGUACUCAUUAUUCACAUGGGUAUCAAUCCAUUUUUUCUCCCGCAUUAUUAUAAAAACCCAGAUUCAUUUUGUAGUUUAACCCUUUUUUGUUCUUUUCAAAUUUGUCGGGACCAAUGAACCAAUUUUACCUCCAUUUGUUUGUAGUGAAAACCUUUUAAAUCGUUCCCAUGGCCCUGGGGCGUGCCCCCCCCCCCUGAAUUUACGGUCGGUGUAUACCAUCCCUCCCCCUCAUAUUGAUGUAUAUGUUGCUUAUAGAUAUUUUUUUUUAAUGAAUAUAACCAUUAAUUUAAUAUUGAAAUUAUCACUUUCAGCGAGUCGGCUUUUCGUCAGCGUAUUUUCCCUUUUCCAAUAAUACGCAAUCAAAGAGAUUCAAUCGAAGUGUUAGCGCCACCUACAUGUCGAAAAAGGUCAAUGUUUUCAUACCGUUCUCGCUCGCACCCUUUCCAAUUAUUACACGAAAAAAAAUCUUCAUAUAAACUUCACAUUAAUCUUAAUGUUGUCAUACAUCCAGUAAAAUAAUAAAAGCAAAUGAGAUUCAUAUUUGUUUUAUUCAA